UUACACCACAGUUCACUUUGCAACCAGCUUACAGAAGGGAACAUGCAUCUCUUUUUAAAUCUACUAAUUGGAUUGUUUCCACUUUUCAAUGGAAUAAACUACAUUGUUUGCAAAGAUGAGGAUACAAAAAAUACCACCAAGGAGGGAAAACCUACUUACCAAGAUGUUUUGACAACAUCUACCCAUUCUGAAUUUCAUACAGUAAACCAGUCCAGUUCUGACGUUUUGACAAUAGCUAGACAUUAUGAAUUUCAUACAGUGAACCAGUCCAGUUCUGAUAUUUUGACAACAUCUACCUCUUCUGAAUUUCAUACAGUGAACCAGUCCAGUUCUGAUAUUUUGACAAGUACACCCAUGUCUGCAGAAUGGCACACAACAGGCAAGUCCACUCCUGAUAUUUUGACACGUACUUCCACCUCUACUGCCAAAAAAACACGCAAGCCCAAUCGUGGUAAGAUGUGCAAAAAGCCACAGCAAGAAAUGUACAAAAUAACAGAAAACAAUGAGUACUACCCUGUGAAUUCAUCAAUAAUAGUCUCUUGUAGAGAAGAUUUUGAGCCAAAAUAUAGCAGUACUUCAAAAUGGUUCUGCAUAGAGAGAAAUGGUGCUUACAUUUGGAAGCCUGACAAGUUCAAUUGCAUUCCAAAAUGCAGUUAUCCAAAUUUCACAGAUUCAGGCAUCGGAUUAUAUCCAGAGCAUUCAUUUUAUGCUUCUAAUUCAACAGUGAAUGUGACAUGCCCAAGAGGUUCAGAACCAACAUCAUAUGCAAUAACAUGUGUAAGACGAGGAAACCGCAUUGUGUGGAAUAAUACUGCAGUUAGCUGUAAAAAGAUGUGUACAAAGCCUCCUGGAGGAGAAUACUUCACAUUUACACCUGAUCAGGAGUAUUACAGCUGGAACGCCAGUGUAACUGUCUCUUGUAAAAAAGGAUACAAGCUUUUCUCAGCUGAAAAGAAUUAUACAUCAAAGUGUGUGGAGCCAAACAAUAAUAAAUGGGAGAUGAAUGAUCCUCUUUGUGUAGAAACACCAGAAAAUAUUGCAAUAAAUGUUCAGAGUACAUCACACUCUGUAAGUGUAAACUGGACCUUUCCAAACAUUUCUGUAAGUGAACAUAUGCCUGAAAUUUGUAUCCAGUGCCAUCUUAUGCAGAGAUAUGGACGACAGUGUAACGCAGAAAUAUCUCCAAAAACAUCCCCUAUGGACUGCAAACAUGGAAAAAAUAAUUUGUCUUCAACUUUCCCUACAUACCCAUUUUCUUAUUACAAUGUCACUUUGUCAUUGAGAUUGCAGAACUUAAGUAACAUCAACUUACUGUACUUACCUAUAAAUACAACAGAAGCAGCUCCAGGUAAACCAGAGAAUGUGGUCAUACAUAAACAUAAGGAAACAAUAACAUGGAAUCAGCUCUCAGAUUGUAAUGGAACGGUUACGGGAUAUGAACUAAUUUUCAAUGGUAAAAGAGGCUAUAAUGACACAUUCUAUGAAAAACAAGUUGUCAACGUAAGUACAGAUGCCACCUCUUAUCAUCUGAAUAAUCUAAAAAGAGGAACAAACUACACAUUUGAACUGCGUGGCCGUACAUCUGCUGGUCUUGGAGAAGAAUAUCAGUCUAUGUUUGAAACAAAUAUCAGUGCCCCACCUCCUCCUGAUGCCAGCAGCAUGGAAGUUUAUAAUAUCUCAGAUCGAACUGCAGCCUUGUCCUUUUAUCCUGUUCCUGAUGCCAAUGGGCCAAUUAGUGCCUAUCAGAUAAUUAUCAAGAAGGAUUCCGUCUCCUCACAAAGGAGAAAACGAGCUUCAGAUAUGAUCUGCAAUGAUGAACUAUAUGCAUAUAACCGAUUACAGUCUAGUAAUGCUCCAUAUAUUACAGCUGAAAUUCCUGGAAAUAAUCUCACUGCUCCUGUUGAGUUCAUCAUUGGAGAUGAGAGAAACUACAGUGGAUACUGGAACGCACCUCUUCAGCGUGGAAACAGUUACAGUGUUAUUGUGCGUAUUGUCAGCAGAUGGAAAGAGGACACAAAAGUUUCCUGUGCAAAAAAGUCAUUUCUUGUGUCUGUUCCAUUGAAACCAGAUCCUGCCCCAGGGGCUGUAUUAAUAGGAGGAGCUGCAGGUGCUGCUGCUGCUGUCUUUUUCCUGCUUGUCAUUAUCUUGAUUUUAGCAAUUAUCGUUUACAGGAAGCAAAAAGCAAAAACUGCAUAUGCAUCAAAUAAACAAUCAGAGUUUCCAUUGAUAAGAAAGGACCAUGCAGGACACACAUCAACAGACGUGACAAUUGAAAAUUUACUGGAUUAUAUGAUUAAAAUGAAGAAACUAACAAUUAAAGAUGAGGAAAAUGAAGAUGUUGGUUUAGGCAAGGAGUACAAUGCACUGCUACAUGGUAUAACAAAUGCGUGUGAUGUUGCAAAGCAUCAUUUGAACAAGGACAAGAACAGAUACAAUAAUGCUAUUCCGUAUGAUUAUUCAAGAGUUGUGUUAGAUUCUUCAGAUCCAGAUUCACCUCACUCCUACAUAAAUGCCAGUUAUUUAGAUGGCUAUGACAAGCCAGAUUUAUAUAUUGCAACACAAGGUCCAUUACAACAAACCAUUGUGGACUUUUGGAAAAUGGUGUGGCAAGAGAAAUCAACUGAAAUUGUAAUGUUGACAAAUUUAGUUGAGCAGGACAAGGUGAAAUGUGAGCAAUAUUGGCCGGAAGAGACUGAAAAAUAUGAUGAUAUUACAGUUUCCCUCCACAGUACCGAGAGAACAGUGGAUUGUGUUAUUCAGUCUUUUGAAAUGGAAAAGAAUGAUUCACAAAAAAAGCUGGUGAAGCAUUUUCAUUUUCUAACAUGGCCUGAUCAUGGUGUGCCCAAACAUUCCACUGGGCUCUGUCGUCUCCUUAAAGCAGUCCAUAAAAACAGAUGUUCUGAGUCUGGACCCAUCAUUGUCCACUGCAGUGCUGGUGUUGGACGAACAGGAACAUUUAUUGCUCUUGACUACUUACUCAGAAGAGCAGAAGUUGAGAAGAAAGUGGAUGUAUUUCAAUGUGUAAAGAAACUAAGAGAGAAACGAAUGAACAUGGUGCAGACAAAGACACAAUAUGUCUUUAUCUAUCAUGCUCUUUUGGAAGAGUUAUAUAUUGGGGAAACAGGUGUUCCAGUCCAGGAUCUACAAAAAUAUAUGACUAUCACAUUGCAGAACAAAGGAAAAACUUCAGUCCCAAGCAUCGAAAAAGAAUUUCAGGUGCUGAUGAAAUUUUCUGAGCUUUACAAAGUCAGCAGUUACAACGAAGCUGUCAAGCCAAUUAACAAAUCAAAAAACAGGAACCAUAAUCUACUACCAGCUGAAGUUGUACGCCCUGUACUGAUGUCCGUUUCUAACAGUGAUGGAUCACCAAGCUAUAUCAAUGCUGUAUUUGCUGAUAGCUAUUCUCAGCAAGAUGGAUUUAUAAUAACUCAGUUUCCAAUGGCAACAACUAUGUCUGAAUUCUGGGCUCUUGUAUAUGAUUAUAAGUGUUCAACAUUAGUUUUGAUGAAUCAAGUUAAUGAACUAGAUGAGGCAUAUCCAGCAUUUUGGCCAGAAACAGAAGAUGCCAUGUAUGGACCAUUCUGUGUCACUAAACUUUCACAUUCUGAAGCAACAGGCUACUCAGUGUGGAACUUCAAACUUGUCAAUGUUAAACAGAAAUCCAGUGCAGAGCAUCAAAUUAAACUUCUAGAAAUCAAUAACUGGCCAAAGACACAUCCUAUACCUCAGUCACCCAGCACACUGAUUGCCAUGUUAGGAGAAGUAGAGACCUGGCAACAGAAGACAGCUCAGAGUACAGUAUUGGUUGCAUGCUGUGAUGGUGCACAACGGAGUGGACUCUUCUGUGCUGCAAGUGUCAUCUGUGAUUGCAUCAAAGUGGAAGGGCUGGUAGAUGUUUUUCAAGCAGUAAAAUCAAUCAAAAGGAGUCGUUCUCAGCUAAUAUCUGAUAAGCUACAGUAUGAGUUUUGCUAUCAAAUUGCUUCUUCGUACUUGGACUGUUUUGAAACCUAUGGAAACUUUAAGUGAACACAUUACUUCACUGACACUAAGUUGACCUGUUACAAAAAGCAAGUAUCCAGUGAAUACAGCCUUUAGUUCUAAUCGUGGCUGGAGGGCAAAAUGAACAAAAAUGAACAAAAUGGUAUACCAUGUUUAAAAUGUCUUCAGAAGAGUGCAAAGAUCGUAUUGCUUUCAUUCCAGUAUCAGUCCAGUGUUAUGAAUGCACUUUAGAACUGCGGAUGGAGUCAUCCAUUUGUAAUAAAAAGCACUGAGAAUUA